AUUUGAAUCGGCUGUUUCCGGAUAACUUCGUGCCGCCGAUAACGGUCAGUGUGUUCAAAUCUCUGAUGCUAGCUUCAGUUUGCUAGCUACUGCUGGCCUGUAGUGAACUAGAAAGGAGAUAGGAGAAAGAGGAGAAGCCGAAGGGGAGAGAGAGAAGAAGAGAGAGAGAGGAAGGACGGAAGGAAGGAAGGAAGGACGGAGCCUGGGUCCGGAAUGACGGUGUUACAGGAACCUGUCCAGGCUGCUGUCUGGCACGCUUUAAACCACUAUGCCUACCGAGACGCCGUGUUUCUGGCUGAGAGGCUCUAUGCUGAAGUGCACUCUGAGGAGGCGCUCUUCCUCCUGGCCACGUGUUACUACCGUUCGGGAAAAGCCUACAAAGCCUAUCACCUCCUCAAAGGGCACAGCUGCACCACACCACAGUGCAAAUACCUCCUCGCUAAAUGCUGUGUGGAGCUCAGCAAGCUGGCAGAGGGUGAGCAGAUCCUCACAGGUGGUGUACUGAACAAACAGAAGAGCCAGGACGACAUCGUCACCGAAUUCGGCGACUCGUCCUGUUUCACGCUGGCGCUGCUCGGCCAAAUCUACUGCAAAACCGAUCGCUUGGCAAAAGGAGCCGAAUGUUAUCAAAAGAGCCUGAGCGAGAAUCCUUUUCUCUGGUCGCCCUUCGAGUCUCUGUGUCAGAUCGGUGAGCGACCAGACCCAGAGCAGAUCUUUAAGUUGACUUCUCUGCAGAGCUUCAGCGGGGGCAAUGGAGGAGGCGGCCCCACCUUCCCCAUGAGCCCAGCUCACACUCCCAGCCACAACACGACUCACAGGCAAAUCGACUCUGUCCUCAUGGAGACGCCCCAGGACACGCUGGAACUGAACAGGCUCAAUCUGGAGUCGUCCAACUCGAAGUACUCGACCCUAAACACAGACUCGUCCAUGUCUUACAUCGACUCGUCAGUCAUUUCACCAGAUUCCGUGUCUCUAAGCACGGGCGGAUCUCUGCUGUCCAAGCAGGUGCAGAAUAAACCCAAGAGUGGCCGCUGUCUGCUGGGAAGCACCGCUACGCUGAGCCCUCUCACACCCAGUUUUGGCAUCUUGCCCCUGGAGCCGAGCCCGGGAGACCCCACGUAUCUGCAGAAUUACAGUCACAGUGGGACGGGGAUGGAGCCACCUCCACCACCUGGCCCACCAAAGAAGACGGUCAGCAGAAUCAGUCAGGUGGGGACCAAGUCGGUGUUCGCACAAAGCGGGAACAGCCGAGAGGUUAUUCCCAAUCCGUUUAACCAGACGCAGACCACGGCACCACAGACCAGUACUACACCUCAAGUGCUGAGUCCCACCAUCGCCGCUCCACCUAACGUGCAGCCUCGACGGAGCUCCAGGCUUUUCACCAGCGCCAGCUCCACUGCCAAGGAGAACAGCAAGAAAUUAAAAAUGAAGUUUCCCACCAAGAUCCCCAACAGGAAGACCAAGACAAAAACAGGAAAGGGAGGAAUCACUCCGUCCAGCCUGAACGAGAGCAUCGAGAUCCUGAAGCUGGACUCGUCCAUAGCCGAGGGCAAGGGCAACAUCAGCUCUCCGCAGUUUCAGGCCUUCACUCUGCAGAAAGCUGCCGCAGAUGGGUUGAUGUCGCUGAUGCGGGACAUCGGGCGGGGUUACCUAGCGCUGUGCUUGUAUAACUGCAGGGAGGCCAUCAGCAUCCUCAGUCAGCUGCCUGCACACCACUACAACACCGGCUGGGUUCUGGGUCAGAUCGGCCGCGCCCACUUUGAGCUGGCAGAGUACAUGCAGGCGGAGAGGAUUUUCUCAGAGGUGCGGCGCAUCGAGAGCUACCGGGUGGAGGGGAUGGAGAUCUACUCUACUACACUAUGGCACUUACAGAAAGAUGUGGCGCUCUCUGCGCUCUCUAAAGACCUCACUGACAUGGACAAAAACUCACCAGAGCCCUGGUGUGUAGCCGGAAACUGCUUCAGUCUUCAGCGAGAGCACGACAUCGCCAUUAAGUUCUUCACACGGGCCAUCCAGGUGGACCCGAGCUUCGCCUAUGCCUACACGCUGCUGGGGCACGAGCUGGUGCUCACCGAGGAGCUGGAGAAAGCACUGGGCUGCUUCCGUAACGCCAUCCGCCUCAACAAGCGCCACUACAACGCCUGGUACGGCUUGGGAAUGAUCUACUACAAGCAGGAGAAGUUUAACCUGGCUGAGAUUCACUUUAAGAAGGCUUUAAGCAUUAACCCUCAGAGCUCCGUACUCCUGUGUCACAUCGGAGUGGUUCAGCAUGCACUGAAAAAAUCAGACCACGCUUUAGAGACCCUGAACAGAGCGAUCAGCAUCGACCCUAAGAACCCACUAUGCAAAUUUCACAGGGCGUCUAUUCUAUUUGCAAACGAAAAAUACAAGGCGGCUCUGCAGGAGCUGGAGGAACUGAAGCAGAUCGUCCCCAAAGAGUCACUCGUUUACUUUUUAAUAGGAAAGGUCUAUAAGAAGCUCGGUCAGACUCACUUGGCUCUGAUGAACUUUUCGUGGGCCAUGGACCUGGACCCCAAAGGAGCCAACAAUCAGAUCAAAGAGGCCAUAGACAAACGUUACCUCCCCGACGACGAGGAGCCCGUCACCCCUGACGACUACCUCUACUACUCCACGGAGAUGGAGGAGUCGCAGGAGAGCAGCAUGACGGAUGCCGACGACACGCAACUCCACACCACGGAGAGUGACGAGGUCCUGUAACACUUCUGUCUGAACUCCACACACAGUUAUGCCAACCCUGGGGCUACCCAGUUCACACAGAGACAAGAAGAAAAAAAAACAGAAAUAAAGACACAAGCAAGAGGAAGGUGAAGAAGAAUAAAAAAGGAAAAACAAACUGCUGCUAAUACAGUACCUCUUCAUUUCUGUAUUAUUUUUUUAUUUUUCUGUUUUACUGUGCUUUUUUUUUUCUUUUUCUUUUUUCUUUUCAUGUUUUUAAUUUUAUUUUGCUCCCCUCCCUAUCAUUAUGCCUUAUUGCUGGGUGAAUCCUCCUCAUCUGGUCUUCAUCCACAAAUGAACGUGGGGGAUUUUUACUGUCAAACAAAAACAAUAACUGUCCUCCAUUCGUGCGGCAGAGAUCCAGUCCUCACCAUGUUCAGAAGAAAAAGAAGAAGAGGGAAAAAAUAACAAAAGAACACAAACCACAGACCUUCAUGGAAAAGUUCUGUCUUAAUGCCUAGGCCUUUUGUGUUCCUUUUACUCUCAUUUAUUCUAAAUAAAGACGUGUAAGAGUUGCAAGUC